AUGCCACCGGACGGCGACGCGGCGGGCGGCACGGGCGCGGACAUCGCGGCGGACGAGCUGCAGAGCCUGAGCUUCGGCUCCUCCUCGGACCGCUCGCGCUCCCGCUCCGCCUCCACGGUCUCCACCGCCACGGCGUCCUGCUCCACCUCCUCGUCGGGCCCGCUCCACCACCACCUCUCGCUCCCGCCCCCUCCCUCUCGCCGGACCCCGACCUCCUCCUCCGCCGUAUCCACGACGCAGAUCCCGCGCCUCGGCGCCGUCGCCCUCUCCGACAUCCGCUUCCUGCGUCGCCUCGGCGCCGGCGACAUCGGCAGCGUGUACCUGGCCGAGGUCAGGCCACCCGCCGCCGCCGCCAAGGCGGAGGACAAGGAGAAGGACACACACCGCCGCCGCCGCUGGCGCCGCAGCAGACGAAGCCGCUGGUGGUGGCCGCCAAGGUGA